UUCUAGAAUCUAAUAAAUUUGCCGACUUGGCUUUGCACAUUCGAGAAUCUCAUUUUUGGAUUGUGGAUUGGCGUUCAUUUUUGGAGUUGCUCUCUGUCUCAUCCCAAUCCCAUGGCUGCAAAGGCGGCGGUGUUUCUUCUCCCGAUCCUUCUUCUCUCACCAUUUAUAUUGGGGGAGGCUAUAACUAAGAUUCCGUACGGUGAUGGAGAAGGAGGAGGUCAGCUGAGCUUGGCUGACGUCGAACUACAUCCAACCUUCCAGCACGGUACGUAUGAAAAGGCUAAUGCUGCCCAUGAAAUCAGCCUAAGACGGAGCUUGCCCGACGCCCAACAACGUCCAACCUUCCACGGGUCUCUGUGCACGACUUGCUCUGCCGGUACAGACACCAGUCGACGGCUUGGCGGCACCUCUGCCUCGCUAGUUGCCACCGUCUUCAGCCCUCAUCGCCUCACUACAGCUAAAGAAGAGCACCAACUGAUGCAUCCUGUAGACCCCUGCAGCACCCAAAUUCAACAAACUUCUUCCGAUACUAUUGCUGCUUCCAUCUCUGAUUCUGGCGUGCCGCCGGUGGUGUAUGAAAGCCCUUCCGCCGUGCCCGUGGAGAAGCAGCCGAAUCGUCGCCUGCUAAAUGAGGCAGUCAUACCGACUUCCCCCCCUGCAUCCGGGGAUGAAGCGGAUAAAGCUGCCCCCUCAAUUAGCCCAUCCAUCAGCCCCUCAAUUAGCCCCUCCAUCAGCCCCUCAAUCAGCCUAUGCCCAAAUUAUUUUUACCUUCUUUUUUUUCUUUUAUUUCUAGUCUAAGAAGCCAAUGAUUUAACUUAUCUCACAUGUGGAAUGGGUGGGCUUGAGUUUCAGUGAAGGGAUACUGCAAUGUUUUUUUGGUGAGAGAAGGGAUACUGCAUUGUAAUUUGAUUUCAACACUGUCUUACCUAUAAUUGUAAUUCACCCUUAUAUCAGUGAAUUACAAUCAUUUUUAUUUAGAGCAAAUUUUACUCCCAA